AACCAUUAUUAGGCAAUUGCAGACGACUGCUGUGACACUGCACUAAGUGUUUAUGAAUACGGAUCUAAUUAUUUAUAUCUAUGCACGGUAAGGUAAACCAUAAUAUUGGUUAUGUUUUCGUCGAUCGUCACUCGAUUCGUCAUUUCAUUAUUGUAUCACUCACGGACUCACUAUAGUCAUGGCCCAUCAUUAAUGGUAUGUUAUUCAGUAAUACCAAAUUCGAUACAUAAAGAUAUGAAAUGUGGAACAAUGUUACCAACAUCCAGGACUGGCAUAGUUAGUCAGUCUAGUACACCGUCUCUGCAGUGAAAAUUCUUUGAUAUAAAAAAAUAAAAACUAUCGAAAAUGAGGUUGUCAGCGAUUCUUUUUUUCGGCAAAAAGCCCCAUGGAUUCAAAUACAGAGGAAAGAACCGUGUUGUCAAAGAAAUCAAACCAAAGGAGCUUAACCAAUUGAAAAUAGACUACGAGAGAACAGACCAAAACAUGCUGUAUUUACGUCAUCCAUACUUGACUGUAGAACAAUCUCAUGGACACAUGAAAGAUUUUAAAAUGGCUGAAAUGCAAACUUUUUGGGAUAACAUAAACAAACCAAAGAAUGAGCGAUUUUCACAACAUGUCACUUUACCAGAAAGGUUAAUUCAUUUAAAAGUUACCAAUGCAUGGGAGUAGACUAGGAUUUAACAUGUUUAAAUAAGCAAAUAUAUUGUGUAUAUGUCAAUUAAUUAAAUAUAUUAAAAUACUUUCAACAUC